CUCAAUUGCCGGCUGAUGGCUGAAUUCAAUUCCGGACUUCGGUAGCACUCAUUAAACGAGCAACAUCAUUCGUUCAAUGGCCGCAUAUGUUAUGUUGAUCGUCAUUCAUCAAACUCAAUAGCUACCGCACCGGAUCAUAUAUUUAUUAAGAUUGCUACUUAACUGAAUUUACCUUUUCCCAAACUCUUCCUCUCGUAGUAGAAAUAGGGUAAAUCCCUGUAUCCUCAUAAAAACUCAGGAUCGUUAGACAAUAGAUUGAAUUGAACGGCGUUUAUUACUUUAAUAAUCCCUCCCUUUCAGGGGAACCUUUGACGUCUUCAAUUGCUUAUACCUUUGUUUACGUUUUGGCGAUUUCAUUCAAAACAAAUCAGGACUUGUAAAAAACGGUUACGUUUAUGUGCACUAUUUAGAUUCGGUAUCUUUGCACACCUGGUUCUGUUUCUUUUUGUUUUUCCUUGUUUCAUUUGUUGAUACCUUGUGUUUGAAGUUCUUGACCGUAAAAACACUUUUUGUUUAUUUAUUUCAUUUUUUCUAUUUUGACUUUUUUUUUGAUUUUCCCUCUCUCCUUAGAUUACUUUUUCCCCUUCUCUGAAUCGCGACUUAUAAUUUGUUGCAAUUGAUUCCUUGCAGUAAUUAUUUUCUGCCACUCAUAUAUGAUCGCUGUCUACAAUAUGUCUGAUAUACGGUCUGCUCCGAAAUUCUCUCUUCAGGAUGAACAUUCCGACGAAUCUUCCCCUUUAGAAAAAUCGUUCCAAGAUAAGGUUCAAGUAAAGGACAUCCCAAAGUCUUCAAUUCAAAGCGAGACUGCACCAUUUGGCCUCGAAGAUGUUGAAAACUCUGUUGAAAACUCUCAUGAGCCUAAUCAUCCUUUGCCCCGUGUUCAGUCUCCUAUACAAGUAAAAGACCACAUUGAUCCUAAACUUGCCGAAGACCGUUACCGGUCCUCCUCCGCAAAAAACUUUGAACCGAUUUCAAUUCCCAACUCGCAAAUUCCUUCAGACGAUGAGGCGGAUGAGAACGACCAUACGUCCUCUCAGUCCUCAGCUGUCUUUCGCCCUGGAAAUAGCCCCCUCUUCCUUCCUUCUCUUUCUAGGUCCGGUUUGUUAUCACCGAGUAAUGAAGAUGAUUCCGAUGAAAAUCAUCAUGAGUACAAACCUUCUUCUCCCAGUUAUCUCAAAGUUGCUCAUGAAUUUCCAUCUUCAGAGGAUUUAAUUGGUGAUCCCAAUGAUCCUUAUCGUCGAACCCGUAGAGCCCCGACCAAAAGUGAUCCUCGCGACAUUCCGUCCCAGUUUAUUUUCAAAAAACCAGACCACAAGCAUCAUCAUCAUCACCACCAUAAUCACCACAACAACAGCUCGAGCUCGCUGUCUCUGAAAUCGUUACUGCAUUCGCAUGACAAGCACGAUAAACAUGACAAACACGAUAAACAUGACAAGCAUGAAAAACACCACAGUUCAUUAGAUUUACGUCGUUUUUUCAAAUCUCACCAAAAGUCUGAUAAGAAAAGCGUUUCCAAGUCGAAAUCAAGCAGUAAUAUCGAAGACGAUCAUUUCGGUUUGUUUAAGAAGUAUGGCAAAUUUGGCCGCAUCUUAGGCUCAGGUGCUGGUGGUUCGGUUCGCAUUAUGAAACGUUCUUCUGAUGGAAAGAUAUUUGCCGUCAAGGAAUUUCGUUCUCGCAGACCAUCCGAAUCGGAGCGUGAGUAUGCCAGAAAGGUUACUGCUGAAUUUUGUGUUGGCAGUGCUCUUCACCAUACAAAUAUCAUUGAAACUCUGGAUAUUAUAGAAGAAAAUAAGAAAUUUUAUGAGGUUAUGGAAUAUGCACCGUACGAUAUGUUUUCGAUUGUCAUGAGUGGACAAAUGACAAUGCCUGAGAUCUUUUGCUGUUUUAAGCAACUUCUUUCUGGUGUCGCUUAUUUGCAUUCCAUGGGACUUGCCCAUCGUGAUUUAAAGCUUGACAAUCUCGUUGUUGAUGAAAAUUGUAACGUGAAAAUCAUUGAUUUUGGAAGUGCUGUGGUAUUUAAAUACCCAUUCGAAGCGGAUAUUGUGGAGGCGACUGGUGUGGUUGGUUCUGAUCCGUAUCUCGCUCCAGAAACAUUAACCAAAAAAUUGUACGAUCCUCGUUCUGUUGAUAUAUGGUCUUGUGCGAUUAUCUUUUGCUGUAUGGCGCUUCGUAGAUUCCCGUGGAAAUACCCAAAACUAACCGAUAAUUCCUUCCGUUUAUUUUGCAUGCGACCUCCUACACAAGGAAAUUUUUCUGAGGAUGAAGCUUUGAAAGAAAUUAAAGAGAGUGGAUUAGUCGACGUGGGUCCUCCGACCUAUAAAACGCCAGAUGUACAGCAACGCGCAUCUGAACACCAUGCGGUUAUCAGCGGCAAAGAAGAAGUGUACGGACCAUGGAGGUUGCUGCGUUUAUUGCCCCGCGAUACUCGUGCAGUCGUGUUGCAUAUGUUAGAGUUGGAUCCGAUUAAAAGAUAUGAUGUCCAUGAAGUGUUCGCUGAUGAGUGGGUUGCAAGCAUUUCCAUGUGCUAUAUGGAAAAUAACAAAGUGAUUCGUUCUCCUACCCAUCUUCAUAACCUUGUGUCUCCCGAAGGCUCUCCAUAUCCUCAUGUCAAACGGUAAGCACUCACAUAACUGAAAAACGGGUUGAAUGGUUGCUUAAGAGGUAUUUAUUAUAUGUAAUUUACCGCGUUCUGUUAAGUCCCUUUUUUUUUCUGUUGCUUUUUUUUUUCUUCUGUUUAUGACCAUCUAUUUCGGAUGGGACAUUAUUAAUAAUCAUUAUGCUAUUUAAGUUAAUGGAUUUUUAUCGAUCCACUUUAUUGUCUUUUCAAUUUUUUUAUUAUAAAAACGUAAAAGAAGUCUUGUGUGGGUUAAUACUUUAAGAUAAUGUUAUUUAUAAAUCUAUCUGGUUAAGAAAAAUCAGAUACAUUUUCAUGUUCUUUGAAUAUUAUUUAUGAUUUGCGCUUCAUUUACUUCAUCUGUGG